AUGUAUCUACCGCGCCAGCUAAUAUCGCAUCUCUACCUCCAACUACUCCAAUCGCACCACCCACUGUCGCCGCCCGUGCUAAUCCUCGUGGCUCUGGAGCCCGAUGCUCUCUGUGCUUGUCGAAUCCUCACUUCCCUGCUAAAACGCGACUAUAUCCCUCAUAAGAUCCAACCCGUUGCCGGAUAUGGUGACCUCACCCGUGCUGGGGAAGAGCUGGUUAAGCCCAUGCAGACCACAAAUGGUGGUAGUGGUGGGGUAGUGGUCUGCUUGGGUGUGGGAGGCCUGGUAGACCUCAGUGAGAUUCUCUGUUUAUGUAAUCCAGAGGAGGAGGUCGAGGACAUGGGAGGAGUCGAAGUUUGGGUCUUUGACGCGAGACGGCCUUGGAAUCUGGCCAAUGUAUUUGGGGGCGAGAUUUCGACAGGGCCAGCUUCAGUUGAAACGGAUGCCACUGUGCGGCGAAACACGCGUGGUGUGGACAAGGGGUGCAUUACCCCUUCUUUUAGAGCGGGGAAAGGAGGGAUCAUUGUCUACGACGAUGGGGAUAUUAUGGAGGAGAUGACCAGGGAACGGGAGGCCUACUGUGCACUCCUGGAAAUGCCAGAGGUGGAUGAUGACGGGGAAGAAGACGACGAAUCUGCCAGUGAAGGCGAGGCUGAUGACCCCUCCAGCUCAGAGUCCAGAAAGCGCAAAUCAUGGUCACGGGAGGACGAUGAUGAAGAAUUCAAAGACGACGAUGGGCCGCCCCGUCAGCGGAGAAGGAGUAAUUCGGGGUCUUUCAUUGCUUCGUCCCCAACCAGUAGGCGGAGGACUGCUCACGACUCCUCGAACUCGUCGCGCUCCGUUACUCCGACCUCAGAACCCUCUUCACCUACGCAGCCGAAGCAGCCUUCGGCCCGUUCACUGAGGCGGCGGCUCCUCCGAAUGAAAAGAAAGCAUGAAGGCGUGUUACAGACAUAUUACUCCUCAGGCACUUCCUACUCGGAGCCUAUAUCCUCCCUGGUAUAUUCGCUUGCAUCUGAAUUAGGUCGAGAAGACAACGAUCUGCUUUGGCUGGCCAUUGUAGGUGCAUCUAGCUUGGAGUUGAGUGGGCGUACGAUGUCUGGUGUUGGGAUCUCCAGUGCGUCCGAAUCGGGAGGCUCAGCAGGCUGGGGAGGUGAGAGGGGCGAGCGAAUACGCCAAAUACUCCGAGAUGAAGUCCACCGGCUAAAUCCCCCCGACCCUUACGAACGAGAUCGCGACAUCAGGGGGGAAAUCAACGGGGUGAUUCCGACCGCUGCCAAAUCACCUACCGACAAAUCAAUCCGGCUGUCCCCAGAACCUCGCUUUAUCCUCGUACGGCACUGGUCUCUGUAUGAGAGCAUGCUUCAUAGCCCCUACUUAGCGUCGCGGCUGCAUGUCUGGACUGAGAAUGGCAAGAAACGACUACAUAAGCUCUUGGCAAAGAUGGGAAUCAGUUUGAGCCAGUGCCACCAAAACUAUACACACAUGGAUAUGGAACUGAAACGAGUGCUACGCCAGCGCUUGCUCAAAUAUGCGCCUAUGUACGGCCUGGAUGGGUUAGUUCCUCCGGAGGCAUCUGGACAUGCUGCCUCCCGGGAGGGAUGGGGGUUUGUACGGUGCUGGGGUUGGAAGGCCUGCCUCUCGGCUACAGAUGUCGGUGUCAUUGUGGGUGCCAUGCUCGAAGUUGGACCAGAAGAGGCCCCUGGUUCUUGGGAUUCAAGGCGCAUCUCUCGGCCACGAAGUGCACCCGAGCCUCACCAGUCCGAAGGAUCAACCAAAUCGGAUCUAGCCAGUCUCCUGCCUCGGUUCUGGAGUGCAUACGACGCUCUAUCUCUUACAUCGGAGUCCCCUACGCUUCUGCUAGCGGCGCUUCCUCUUGCUCAGCAUCUUUAUCGUGCCAUCCUCCGCACCGGUACAUCAUUGCUUUCGAAACAUCAAAUUCGGCAUCUGCGAGCCUUCCGAAUUGCUGUUGUCAAAGAAGGGCCCGACGUCAAGCUGUUUACGAACCCGGGAGCAUUGACCAAACUAGCCCUGUGGAUUGCCGAGGCUAUCAAGGUCCAGGAACGCGAGCGAGGUGAUUCCGUUAAGAUUGGACGGAAACGGGCUGCCGGUACCCCUCUCGUCCUGGCUGGGCUUGAUGAGGACCGGGGACUGUAUGUCGUGGUUGGCACUGGUGGAGGCGGAGGGGUGGUUGACUUCGCUGCUUUGUCCAAGCGUCGGGAAGAGCGUCGAAAGAAGAAGGAAGCCAAAGACAAGAAGCGGAAGGAGAAGGAAGAACGACGAGAGAAACGCGCAGCCGAAAGGGCUGAGAGGGAAGAAGACGAUGAUGAACGAGAAGAUACUGAAGAGGAAGAAUCGUCCGAAUCCGAGUCCGAGUCCGAAUCUGAAGAUGAGCAAGAUUCCCGUGGUAAUACGUAUCUCCUCCGAAAUCGAUUCGGAAUCGCGUUCCAAGAAGUUGUACAGGAGACCAAUACUCGAGUCCGCAUUGAUAGUUUCGAACAUUGUGUAGUCGAAGUACAGAAGGAAGAUCUCGGUGGAUUUCUCGAAGCCCUAAGCUUCCGCAGUGUCGUGGGUUGA